AUGCCGCGCCACGUGGUCGCGCCGAUGGGCGCAUCUUCCCGCGGCGGCGACCGCCGGAGUCGAAGCCCGAGCGCGCAUAGUAGCGCUCAGAGCGCUCCCGCAGGAUCUCCUCUGCUCGGUGAAAGCGGGUGGCGGAAAGACGAGCCUGCGGACGACUCUCCGCGCGCGGAUUUUGUUGACGGCGAAUUCGUGGAGCGGCAGGUUCCGCCAGAGGAGGCGGUGCUGGAAGAGAUGCUUGGCGCGCCUGGUGUGGGAGGCGGCGGGCGGAACGGCGGAACUCCGGCGGAGACGCUUGCGCGGAUCACGGCGCGGUUCGGGGCGAGGGACCUUGCGACGGAAGCGCCGCGGCUGUUACAAUCAACAAUUGCUCGCGGAGAAGAAAUCGCGACUGCAGCAGCCGCGGAAGAGGCGGAGGUGCGCGGAGAGUUCGUCGCGGAGGGCGCGGAGGGCGCUGUGGGCGCAGAGGGAGCAGAAAGCGGAAUGUACGAGGGCCUACUGGAAGCGGUGAUCCGCGCGCGACCGGCGCGCGAAACAGCGGGAGCGCAUGAAGGAGGCGGAAGCGGCGGUAUCACUACGAGCCGCGGAGCGGCGGAGAGGGGAGGGAUGAUGCUGGCGGAAAUUGCGCCGUGGGGGAAGGCCAAGAUGGCGGAAGCAUCAUUAGCGGAGCUUGAGGCGUCAAUAUCUGCGCUACAGGCAUCCCUGCUACCGCAACAGCAACACCAGCCCCAGGCGCGGCACGAGCAGGAGGACGAGGCGACGGCGAGCGGAAAAGGGAUCUCCGCGCAAUCGCACAACGAGGGGAGCGAAAGUACGAAACCGUUCGGCCAAACCCUAAACUCGGAGAGCAAAAGCACGAUUGUGGGCGGAGCCAAUUUGCAGAAUGACGAUUGUCGGCAAUAUCUAGGUUUCAAUUCUCAUUCGCAAUCGAUAGGCCAACAUUUCAAGUCCGCCGGCAAGUCUUAUGAGCCCCCUUCCGGCGCUGCUGCAUGGGCGCACGAGCAUUGCGCCGCUUUUGUGGCUGACGAAGCCGCCGCCGCAGUCGGUGACAAUGCGCGCGGAGAUGUGGCGGAAUCGGCGGAAGCCGCGCGGCCCCUGCGGCUGCUCUCCGCGGUGGACCCGAAUCAAGAGGCAAUGGUCGCGCUCGCCGCUUCCGCGUCCCCCCCAGGCGCGCCCCUCGCCAUUCCGCUGCUGCAGCCCAGUCUCUUCUCUGCGAAACGCGCUCCCUCGCGGGGCAACUCCUUCAGCGCGAGCCUCGGCGCCACCAACGCGCGGCACGCGGCGGCGGAAAGCGCCGCGCUGCGCGCGCCAAAUGGGGGCGGCAGCGGCGUCGGCGGUUCUCCCGCGCGCGCAGGCAUCGGAGGCGGCGCCGCGGUGAUGACAACAACGCAUGCGACUCACGGCCAGAGUUUCGGCCUUUCGCACGGCGGUGGCAGUGGCGGCGGCGGCGGCGGCGGCGGGGGCGGGGGGGCGAGCGGCGGGGGUGGCGGGGGGCAUGCGAUCGUCAUUCCCGCGAACCUAUCAACCUUCUCCUCCUCCUUCGACGCCUCCACGCUGUCCCCCUCUUCCACCGCAAUUCUCGGCACUCUUCCCGCCCUCCAGCCCUCAAAUUUGAACCCUGCCCGGUGCGAUCCUGCGUGCUUUGCAGUGCAGCCAUCAGUAGGAGCAGCAACAGCAGCAGCAGCUGUGCUGAGUUCAGAAUCUGGCCUUGUGCAAGGUGCUCCUUCAGAAGGGUGCAUGGUGUGUGGGUGUGGGUUGCAAGGAGGAGACGUACAGGUGGUGAUGGGGGUGAUAGGACGUGCCUGCUCUACCUGCCUCGCCUUCAACGAGCCUGCCUUUGCCGAUUCUACCUUUGCCGAGCCUGUCUUCGCUGAGGGUGAUGCCUCUGCCGAGGCUGUCUUUGCCGGGGCUAUCUCUGCCGAGGCUAUGGACUGGCAGCAACACUCUCGGCUGUGGCAGCAGUUUCAGCCGCAGCACCACCGUCAGCAGCAGCAGGAAGAGGAGAAGCGACCUUUCCCAUAUGCACCUGGAUUCGCUUCUAGGCCUUUGAUUGGUGCUUCUGCUGCUGCUGCUGCUGCUGCUGGCGGUUCUGCUGGUGGUGGUGCUGGUGGUAAUGGCGCUGGUGCUGCUGCUGCUGCUGGUGGCGCAGGUGGUGGUGGUGGUGCUGAUGCUGCUGCUGCCUCUCGUGGUGGUGCUGGCGCAGGGGCUCCCGACCCCUUUUUCCUUCUUCCACCUCUGCUCCCCUCCUCUCCACCUCCCUCUCCAACCCCCUCUGCUUCGCUGAAGCUUGCAGUUCCGCACCUAUGGUUCCGGCUCGGCGGUCCCGGACCUGUGGGGUUUCCCAAACCUCCGACCUUACAGACGUACCGCCGUCCAGCAGCCAUGGAUUACGCCACGGAGGGUCACCGCCAUCCCCGGCGGUCCCUUCAGCUUGACCAACUCGAGCGUCUGUCACACAACCCGAUACUACAAAGCUCGUUAUACUCACCAUACGCGGCGCAGAUCUCCCGUCGCCGCCGCUCGCUCGACGCAACAAUCCACUCCGCACACCCUCAACAGCACCAGCAGCAACAGCCGCAGCAGCAGCAGGAGUAUCUGGGCCGUCCGAUCUACGUGCCGUGUCGUGAGAGCAGCGUGCACGCGCAUCCCGACGCGGAGAUCUCCCAACACAGCUCCGAAAGCGGCGACGAGGUUUGCUCAGGACAGAGCCUCGUUGCUAAGACUACUUUUAAGAGUACACUUGGUGCUGCUACUGCUACUGCCGCUGUCACUACCGGUCUUCAACGGCCGCAAACGGCGGCCGGCAUCAUAAACGACCCUUUCCCGCCGGAAGCGGCGUACUUCCCAGCAAGGGACCGCGGCGCCACAGAUUACAUGAACGUCGACGAGCCUGCGCGCUUCGGCGGAAUGGUGAAUACUCCCGCCAACUUCGGCGCAGCUUCCCCUUGGAUUUUUGCCGCUGCUGUUCCCGCUGCUGCCAGGGCCGACACUAAAGCGCGCACGCCGCCGGCGCCGGGCGCGGGGGGCGCGGCCAACCGGCGGCUCCGCGCAAACAGCGCGACCCUUCCAGCGGCGUUUGGAGGGGACCUGGAGGCGGCGGAGUGGGUGGAUUGGUCGAACGUGGAUUGCGCGUUCCAACCCGACGGGCUCAUGCAGGCGCGAGCCGCCAUGAUCGAGCAGUGCCGGCAGAACUCGCGGCGUGCGCCUUUGGGCGCGUCGGUUCCGAUGAUGGCGGAUUAA